AUGUCAUUGGCUGUGGAUGAGACGGCAGGGGACCUCCCAGUGAGGGAUGUGGGACUGCGGGCUGGUCUAAACCCCACGAUGCAAGACGCUGGCAGAGAGGUGGGGUCAUGGAGGAGGCCGCAGGUGCUGAAGAUAAAAGAUCGGCAGCGGGUGUUCAGGGUGCCCAGGGAGCAGCUGGAAGAGCAGUGUCUCCGCCUGCAGGAGGAGAACACCCUGCUGAGGCAGCACAGCCGCGCCCAGGAGCAGCGGAUCCGCAGGAUGUCCACCAAGCUGAUGCGUCUGCAGCAGGGCCGGCCAGGCACCUCCGGGCCGCGGGACGGGGAGAUGGAGGAAACCCUGCAGGAGCUGGAGGCACGCGUGGCCACCCUCGAGAGCCAGAAGGGGGCGCUGCAGAACAAGCUGAGCUUGGCCAGGCAGCACAUCCUGGAGCUCGGUGGCAGGGGCCACUACAGAGUGAGAGGGAGGAGCCAAGAUGGAGAGGGCGGAGUCAGACGGGCAGCCCAGACAGCUCCCCCCCGCUAUGGGCAGAACCCCACAGAGAGCCACCGAGAAGAGAUUGAGAGACUUCAAGCCCUUAUCAGGUCAAGUGUGGCGGACACCCAGCAGGUGAGGGUGACUGAGCUGGAGUCGGCCGCUCAGUCACUGAGAGACACCCUGAGAGAGAAGGAGCGGGAGAUCGAGGACACGAUGCGCGAACUGAGGAGACAACAGGCUGAAGGACACAGAGUCACGAUCAGAGAGAACGUGGACAUGAUCCGCCUGCAAAAGCAGCUUUCAGAAAAGAGUGCCGCCCUGCUGGUCAUCCAAGAGAAGUUCAGUGUGCUUCAGCAGGCUUGUGAGUCCCAGCUGGAAGAGAGUCAAAAGUCCAUAAAGGAGAGCCAGGAGGCCUUGCUGGGGAAGGUACAGGAGCUGACUGAGCAGCUAAAACAAGAGAGACAGAGAGUGCUGUGCCUGGAAGGACAGCUCACUACUGCCACCUUCUCUUCACAUGCCUUGGAGGAGCUGCAGGAAAGACUGGCUGAUGUGGAAGGAGAGAGGGAUCUGCUGAAGGAGAACUAUGACAGAUUGCUGGAGAGCACCAUGUCUGUGCAGAGUCGGUAUAAUGAGCGGCCAGGCCGAGAGAGGGAGAGGCACGUGGAGGAGAGCUGGCGGGCGGAGCUGCAGAGGCUGGAGAAGGCCCUGCGGGCAGAGCGCGCGGAGAGAGAGAGGCUGGAGGGCGAGCGAGAGCGCAUGCGUCAUGAGAGGGAGAGACCCGAGGAGCAGAAGGCCAACCCGCGAGAUGCUUCAGAGUCACUGAGAGAAAAGCACAGAAUCCUUGAGCAGGAAGUUCUGCGGUACAGGGAGGAAGUGACAUCACUGCAAGCGAGACUGGAUUCAGUAACAAAGGAGUUUGACAUGAGUGUGGAGGAGCUGAGUGAAACUCUCCUUCAGAUCAAGGCGUUCAGGCUCCAGCGAGAGGGGGAGCAGCAGUUGCGCUCACUCGGGGCUGAUGGGAAGGUGGAGGACUCCUCUGUGGAUCUGAGGAGCCUGCAGGCGUCGCAUGCAGAGACAGUGCUGGAGCUGCAGAAGAGCAGAGACAUGCUGCUGCUGCAGCAUCGCAUUAACAGCGACCUGCAGGCUGAGCUGCAGACUGUGACGGACAGGGCAGAGAGCGAGAGGGAGGAGAGCAGAAAGAGGAUGGGAGAGAAGGACAGACUGCUGGAGAGAAGAGCCCAGAGAAUAACUAUACUACAGGCUCAGCUCCAGGAACUGGCCUACAGCCCCAAAAACUACAAACGGACUAUACCACUUCAGUACACCUGGGCAGGGGGGGACCAAGAAGGGGCUGAGCAAGUGGAGGACGAUACCAUCUUCUCCCAGCUGCGGGGGGAAGAGUCUCUGCUGGAGAUCCACCUCAGGGGGGCUGCCUUCACCCCUGGGGGUCUGCGGGUCAUGGGAACGGGUCAGGACAGGGUCAGAGGUGGGGCUGGGGUCCAAGGGCGGGAGGUGGUGACCUUCUGUACCUACGCUCUGCUGGACUUCGAAACACACUCCACCCCUCUGAUUUCGGGGCCCCAACCAAAUUAUGGGUUCACGUCCCGCUAUGCCCUCUCUCCACGCGACCUGGGAGAGCUCCGGGGGCAGGGAGGGGGGGUCAGAGUGGAGGUGCACCAGGCGCUGGGUGGGGUGCAGUUUGUGACCCGGGGGCAAGCCUGGAUACCUCUGUCUGCAGCUCUGGACAGGAGUGAGCGACUGAGCGGGAAAGCCAACAUCACAGGCCCUAAAGGGGAGAUUCUGGGGGUGCUGGAGUACUGGGUGCGUCUGUACCCCCCGGCCGAGCAGACGGACAUGUCGACAGACAGACGGCUCACGCCCAGAGGAGCCCCCCACAGCACCCUGCUCUGGGAGGACAGCGUCCAGGAGGAACUGUUUGACUAUGGUGGAGGGACACCAAACGAGCUGGAGGUAGUGAUGGAGCGAUGCGUGGGACUGAGCACACGGUGGCCGGGACUACUUCCUGACGCCUACCUGCUGUACCGCCUGUACGACCUGCCGCCACACGUCUCUCCCACAGUGCCCUGCAGCACCGACCCCGUGUUUAACGACUCUGCGUCCUACCCACUGGCUGUGACGGUGGACAUGCUGGCCUACCUGCAGCAGGGCAGGCUGUGGGUGUACGCCUUUGACGACAGUGACGACCACCCCCCAGCGUCUUACCUGGCCAAGACCCCCAUUCCCCUGCGGGCGCUGGCUCUGGGACGAUCAAUCAGAGGUGACUUUGUGCUGAGAGAUGCGGGGGGAAGCCCGCGGGGCGUGGUCAGAGCCUCUCUCCGGUGGAAGUACCCAUUUCAACCACCAGAGGCGCACAAGAGAAGGUGGGAGACCGAUGAUGAAGAGAAAGAGAUGGAGAGACACAGACAGAGACCUGAGACCUUGAAGAGGCCCAUUGCCAAACCCAGGUCUAAGGCAGCUUUGUCCAAAGUGGAGACAGUCACUGAACGCAGAGAAACUCAAAAGCAGCCCCGGCCCCCACCAAUCAGGCUGAGACAACCUGACAGGGCUACACUCCGUAAAUCUCCUGAGCCAGGUAAAGCCACUCCCCACAGGUCACCUGAUCGAGCCACACCCCUGCUCUCACCUGAGCCGGCUGGCUCCGUGCCCCUGCGAUCCCCUGCAAGAAAGAGGGCCACAUCUCUCAGGUCACCUGAGCCAGAUCGAGCCACGCCCCUCAGGUCACCUGUCCGCGAGCGAAAGACACCCCGCCCACCUUCGAGACCGGCCUCGAGGAGAGCGUACUCCAGGGCUGAGGAAGUCCUGUCCCCGGGGGAGGAGGAGGAAGAGGAGGAAGAAGACAGAGGAGACAAAGCUCCCCUGGACAGUGAGGCGUCCGUCACAGAAUCUAGCGAAUCAAGAGCUUCCUCAGGCAGUGAUGUCAUCAUCAUUCCACACCCGCGCCGAGCCGUGAAAAAGGGCAACAAGCUGAGAGUGGAGAUUCUCUCUCUCUCUUUCCUCCCCAACUCCCAAGUCGCUCUUGACCAAUCUGUGCAUCGUGUCUAUGUGGAAUAUCGCCUCCUGGGCAUUCCCAUGGAAACCACUGAGACUCCCAUGUCUCUACGGAAACCAACUGAAGGAGAAGAGAUACAUUACAAUUUUUCAAGAGUGAUCUAUGUGGAUGGUGAGGAGGCAGCGUCGCUCAGACAGUACCUGUACACCAUGCUGGAAGGAACCGACCCUAACCAGGGCAGGUUAAAGUUCACCGUUGUGAGUGAGCCCAUGGAUGAGGAGGAGGAGGAGUGUGUGGAUGUUGGCCACGCCUACCUGGACUUACAGGACGUGCUGCAGACAGGAAGUGAUGUCAUCGAGCGGCAGAUUGACAUCGUCGGUGUGGAUGAGGACAGGGAGGUGGUGGGCAUGCUGAAGGUGUCUCUGGAAGCAGCUCAGACUCUGAGAGGAGUCUACUGGGAGUACCGGAACCUG